AUGAACCCCACUGAGCAAGCUUGGGAUUUGCACGGCAGCCAGGCGCGCCCAGUGCUGUUAUCAAAGCUGUCCAAGGUUUCAAUGAGGCCGUUGGCUUCAGAGAACGCGUUCAAGAAGCGUCUCACGGCGUAUCAUAGACUUACGGUUAACUCAAAUUCCAGAGACAUUAUGGGCGUCACUGUUGAAAGGAUAACACCAGGCGAUGGCCAGACCUUCCCCAAGACUGGUGAUACGGUCUACAUCCACUACGUAGGAACGCUAACUAACGGCAAGAAGUUCGAUUCGAGUAGAGAUCGGGGGUCGCCUUUCAAGACCUUGAUUGGUGUGGGGAAGGUCAUCAAGGGAUGGGAUGAAGGUGUACCACAGCUCUCAGUAGGCGAGAAGGCGAUCUUGACAUGCUCAGCUGACUACGCGUAUGGAUCUCGCGGAUUCCCCCCAGUGAUCCCACCAGAUUCAGUCCUGCAAUUCGAGGUCGAGUUGUUGAAGAUUGAACCAGCAUCACCAGCAUGA